AUGACGACGUACACUGAUUUCAACGACACGGUCAUAAGGACCUUCGAUGAAGGCUUCCCCCUCCUUAUGCCGAAGUGGGGGUACGUGGUGUCGGCGUUCGUGCUGUUCCUCAUUGGCUUCUUCGGGUUCUUCUUGAACCUGAUGGUGAUACUCCUCAUGUUCAAGGAUAGGCAGCUGUGGACGCCGCUCAACAUCAUCCUGUUCAACCUGGUGUGCUCCGACUUCUCGGUGUCGGUGCUGGGGAACCCCUUCACGCUGGUCUCCGCGCUCUUCCACCGCUGGGUGUUCGGGCACACCAUGUGCGUGCUGUACGGGUUCUUCAUGGCGUUGCUGGGCAUCACCUCCAUCACGACCCUGACCGUGAUCUCCUUCGAGCGCUACCUGAUGGUGACGCGGCCUCUCAGCUCACGGCACCUCAGCUCCAAGGGCGCGGUGCUGUCCAUCGUCUUCAUCUGGACCUACUCCCUGGCCCUGACCACCCCGCCUCUGAUGGGCUGGGGCAACUACAACCAGGAGGCCGCUAACAUCAGCUGCUCGGUGAACUGGCACGAGCAGUCCAUGAACACUCUGACGUACAUCAUGUUCCUGUUCGCGAUGGGCCAGAUCGUGCCCACCAUCAUCAUCACCUUCAGCUACGUCAACAUCAUCAGGACUCUAAAGAAGAACUCGCAACGACUCGGCCGCGUGAGCCGCGCGGAGGCCAAGGCUACGGCGAUGGUGUUCGUCAUGAUCGUAGCCUUCACCGUCGCCUGGACGCCCUACUCCUUGUUCGCUCUCAUGGAGCAGUUCGCUUCUGAUGGCAUCGUAUCUCCUGGAGCCGGCGUUAUACCAGCUCUGGUGGCGAAAAGCUCCAUAUGUUACGAUCCGCUGAUAUACGUCGGUAUGAACACCCAAUUCCGGCAGUCAAUCAAACGCAUAUUCGGCAUCCACACAAAGAACAAGCAGUCGCAAAUGAACAAGGGGUACAACAACACCGGCGUGUCGCCGGCGCGCCUCAACGACGCCACCACGCGGUUCAACUCCACAGAAACCAUUAUAUCCACUUCCACUUCCAAAAAAGUCAACAAAGACAGAAAACUUGUGUUCAAUGACGAAGUCUCUGAAAUAGUCGCACAUGACAAUAAAAUAUUCCAGCGAGAUCUUGAACUAUGUACGAUACAAGAAAACAGAACGGCCUCGGACACAGACAGAUCCAUUGACACGUACGACAGUGAAAACGAACCAAAACUGGGCAUAUUUGGAGCUUCCUGCAAGCUAUUUCGUAAGCGCUCUCCUGUAGUUACCAUCAUAGACACUGAACAUCUUAUAUUUAGUGAAAUCAAAACCAGAAAUGGGGAAAUGGAGAACGAGGACGCGAACGGUUAUGGAAAUGACGCUUAUGAAGAUCAUAUAACUGAUAAAUCUAAGAAUGAUGUGUUUAGUACUGAAAACGAGUAUCAAAGAGUCAAAUCACAAAAGAUAAUCAAACGCAGUUAUUCGCUUGAUCUCAGUGCCCUGGAUAACGACAACAAAAAGAGGAAACUUUCGAUUGAAACGAAGUUUGAAGCAGUGGUCCAACCAAGAGGUCUUUUCAAGGAUGCUAUCGGAAGGGUUUUCGAUCCAAACACACAUCAGUUUCAGAAUUAUUUAUAUAAUAUUGAUAAAUAUGAAGGUACAGACGACGAUGUUUAGGUGUCGAAUAAUUCAUAAGCUGGUUUCAAAUGAUAUCAUCUUAUUGAUGAAAUUUAUAAACUGUGAGCUACUCAAACAUUUGCUCUAGAUGUGAUGAGUUGGUAUUGUAAGGAUACUUAUUUAUAAGUGGGGAGUUUUUGAAAGGCUGAGUGUGUACGAUAGUGAUAAAUAAAAUAUAAAUGUGAUAAAUUCAAUUUAUGGUUUACUUGUAGACCAUCUACACUGAUACCAAGAUGUGCAGGAUAGAUUUGACACCCAAACCAAAGAAUUAAAAAAUUAAAGUAUUGGAUGAUUAAUAUCCAGGAUAUAAAAUAAUGCGUGUAACUUGGUGACAAAGAUAAAAAUGUAAAUAAUGAUUCAAACUUCUGUGGUGAUAGGACAGCAGCUUGGCUAGAGGAUUCUCAAGAUCUUGCUGACAGGAGGUGCUGACACGAACGGACGACUACACGAGGAAGAUGUCGUGGCCAAGGAUCUGUGAUACUAGAUAUGAGCGUUAUUAAGAAUUAUAUAUA